UUGGGAGAAGGCAGGAACACUGCGAGUCCAGUGGAGAAAUGCUCCCAAACAGAAAAACGAAACACUGAAGGAGAGUUUACGAGUUUCAGCGGUGAAGUUAUUGCCACAUGAGGACGUCGAAACGAAUGUAGUGUGUGUUUGGAGUGCCGGAACGCUUCUCAACGGCCAACUUCUUCGGUCUGAAUGAUGCAACGAGAGGGCCGUGCCUUCAGCAACCAGUCUAAGCGUGUUGAGACACGUUCUGUCGCAAUUUCCGUCUCGGUACACUAAAUAAAGUGCUCCUACAGCAAUCUUUGCGAGUUAUUGUUUCACAGUUCCUGGUGUCUGGGAUAGGCCCUGUACCUUUUUUGACAUAAUGACCUUGUCAUGUUCCGAAUGACAGAUGAUUACAUCAAGGGCAGUUUCUUGUGUAUAAAUCUUGACUCCGUUGAUCAUUCAAACCAUCGAAACACACAACCUCGUCUGUCUAUUGAGUUUUAAAGUUUCACAAUUAUCAACAUGCCCAAGUUUCACGAAGGAAUGAAAGUCGAGUACCACCCCAUUGGUGGUGCCUCUGGUACUAGCACCUCUACCGGUGUCAUCCAGAAGAUCGUUCAAGAGCAAGGAUCCACUAAUGAUGUCCGUUACGAGAUCAAGAACGACCACACUGGAAAGUCUGCCACCUACAAGGAGCGCAACAUCACUCGUACUCUGUAAGAAGAGAAUGGCACUAGUUACGUUCUAAUGAAUCCUACGCGUGGUUUUAUUCUAUUUAACACGACGCGCUAGACGCGAGUGCAUUUAAGAUGGGGGUGAAGUGGGGGCGCGGAGCAGUUCAAUAAGACGUCGUAAAGCUUUAGAA